AUGGGUUACUCGCCAAUAAAACCAUCACAAAAAAGAUUUGACCUACAAGGUAUACGUGGUUUGGCUAUAAUUGCAGUUCUCGGUUUCCAUUUUUACCCUGACACUUUUCCAAAUGGAUAUUUAGGUGUUGAUCAAUUCUUUGUAUUAUCUGGAUUUCUUAUGUGUAUGCUAUUAAAGAGAGCUGAGAAGGAGCCACCAUGUACUCUGAUAACUAUAUUCUAUAGCAAAAGAUUUAAAAGAAUUCUACCACUUUACUACUAAUCAUAUUUUGUUCCAUGAUUUGUCUCUAUUCAUUUUUCCCGGACAUCGUAGUUGAAACAAAUCAGGAAUCUGCGAUACGGGCUCUAUUGUUUGUGUCAAAUACUCCAAAAACAGAAGCACAGGAUUACUUUAUGAUGCUCACAAAAGCAAUAGACAUAUUCACUCAUACCUGGUCGUUGUCAGUUGAAAUUCAAUUUUACUUUUUAAUUCCUUUCAUCUUCCUGUUAGCCACAAAAUUGCCAUCAAAAUUUGAAAAUGGGUACUACGCAUUUAUAGGAAUUGUGUCAUAUUCUUUUUUCUUCUCAUCCCCUCAAUCGGUAGCAUUCAAUAGCGUUUUUGCGAGGAUUUGGCAGUUUUCAAUUGGAAUAAUUGUGUAUCUACUUGAUUAUUCUGAGCAGCAAAGAGGUGUGAAAUACGUCGAGCUUACAAAAGAGACAGAAGCUUUUGAGAGCUUGCUCACUGAUGACGACAGCAAAUAUGUUAGCAGUAAAUCCAACACGCAUUCUGAGCGUUGUGAUCCUACAACGAUCAUCGCAUAUUUGCUAUUAACCGGCCUAGUCCUCAUAACUUUACUUCCAACCUCAUUAGAUGCGUCAGUUAUAAGACCACUUGUGACUAUUGGGACGGGAUGUUUAAUGCUUAUAUCUGAAGAUAAUGCAGUUCUGUCAAAUAGAGUGUUAACCUACAUUGGAGAUAUCUCAUAUUCACUUUAUCUAAUUCACUGGCCUAUUUAUUCCUACUGGAAGCUCACUUACGAAGGCAACAAGCUAUUGCUUGUUGCUGCAUUGCUCAUCUCAAUUCUACUGGCUGCCCUUAUAUUUGAAACUUUUGAGAAAUGGUACCUCAAACUAACAUCUACAAAACUUGCACUGCUCGUUGUAUUACUAUUCGCUCUGAAUAUAGUUCUGGUAGAACGUGAUCAAUUCGCAAUUCAAAAGAAAGCUAACUUGACGUCGACUGACAAUAUUACAAUUGACGAUGUAAUCCGACAGAACAACAACUGGAAUAGAGGAGACACUGGGAAUCUGUAUGUGAAAAAUUGUAAAUAUGAGCAAAACGGUCCAUUUGGAUGGUGCAAUCACACGGGUUUGAAUGCGACUUCGAAAUACAAAUUAAUGAUCAUUGGUAAUAGCUGGACAGCAAAUCACGGCACCCUGUUUCAUCAAGAAUGUGGCUACAAAGCAAACACAAUUAUACAGGGAUCUUACUCAAAGUGUGAAAUGAUUUAUCCCACCGAAAACCUGAAACACUGCAAAGAAUACUACAACAGUUUCCAAGAUCGCGUUAAAAAGGAAAAGCCAGAUUAUCUGUUCAUAGUUUUUAGGUACAUUUCCAUCGGUGAUCCCAUGCCGAAAAAUGUCACAAAGUUCCGAGACGACCCCAUUUAUAAAUCUAUGAAAGCUCAGUUACUCGGGUUUCUGUCGAAUACAAAGUACAUGGUUUACAUCCUGAAUGUCAUUCCAGCACACAAUUGGGACUUGACAAAGAACAUCGGUAAAUGGCUCAAAGAAGGGGUGAAGCCUCUAGAAGUUGAGAAACGCUUGGGUGAUGAGGUAGGCAAGCCGUACAAACAGGCGACCUACGAAAUGGCGCGAAAAAGAUAUGCGGAGCUAGUGAAAGAGUGUAAUGGGCGAUGUGCUCUUGUGGAUUACAAGCUCGAAUUCUAUAACAAUGCUACUAAAACCUAUAAAAUAUUUGAUGACAGAGGAUUUGCGUACCUAACCUCAACAUUACAUUUAUCACCACUUGGUUUGGAAAAAGUGCGGCAUAUUUGGACGGACGUUUGUGCGAAAUUAUGAUG